UUAUCAAUUAAAAAACAUAUUCAUUUCAUCUAUGGAAAAAACCCCUCCAUAAUAAAACCUUCCCGAUCUAUAUAUAGACAGAUUAAUCCUCACGAAUAGCUUUAUCCAUACAAUAUUAAUGGAAAACCAACAAAACAAAUAGCCUCUAAUGGAAAAACAACGAAAUAGCCCGGGUUUAAUCUACAGGAUUUAAUAAAAAAACAUGUGAUCUAGCUAGCCUAUCCACAUGCUGAUUCAAGCCAUUGGCUUAGAAUGCUCAAGCUGUCGCCUGAGCCAUGGGACCAUGGAUGUAACCAUUGUUGUUGCUACUUCUUCUACUUGCUAUAUCAUUAACUUAGGGCUAUUCAGUAUCAGCACACCCUCAUAUUUCUUAGCUUACACACACUGCUGUGUGUUUGUGUGUGUGAAACAAUACAAUGGAGGUUUCAUGGGAAACCAGUGUCACAGAUUCAAUCAACACAAUUUACCUUCUUUUCUCAGCCUAUUUGGUCUUUGUGAUGCAACUCGGUUUCGCCAUGCUGUGUGCGGGCUCGGUUCGCGCCAAGAAUGCCAUGAACAUUUUGCUGACUAAUGUCGUGGAUGCGGUCGUUGGCAGUCUCUCAUAUUUUCUAUUUGGGUUCGCGUUUGCCUUCGGUGGUGGGUCGGACUCGAACCCGUUCAUCGGGACCAACUACUUUGCUUUAAAAGACAUCCCUUCAACUUCUUAUGACUACAGUUUCUUUCUUUAUCAAUGGGCUUUCGCUAUAGCGGUUGCUGGGAUCACAAGCGGGUCUAUAGCGGAGCGAACCCAGUUUAGUGCGUAUCUUAUUUUUUCAUUUUUUCUUACGGGUUUUGUUUACCCAGUUGUGGCCCAUUGGGUUUGGUCUUCGAAUGGUUGGCUCCACCCGGACUCUACGAGCUUGUUGUUUGGAUCGGGUGCUAUUGACUUUGCGGGGAGCGGUGUGGUGCAUUUGGUUGGUGGAGUUGCGGGGCUAUGGGGUGCACUGAUUGAAGGACCGAGGGUAGGGCGAUUCGAUGCUUUCGGGAAACCAGUUCAAAUGCGUGGUCACAAUGCGACACUAGUUGUGCUCGGGACAUUCUUGUUGUGGUUCGGAUGGUUUGGGUUUAACCCAGGGUCGUUCAACAAGAUCCUAGUCUCGUACCCCGAUAGUUUCGAUCAAGGUAACUGGACUGCAGUCGGACGAACCGCAGUUACGACGACACUAGCCGGAUCAACUGCCGGCAUUGUAACCCUGUUCGGCCGACGCUUGCUUGUGGGCCACUGGGAUGCACUAGACGUCUGCAACGGUGUGCUUGGUGGGUUCGUAGCCAUCACGUCCGGUUGCUCAGUGGUGGAGCCGUGGGCCGCCAUAGUGUGCGGAUUCUUUGCUGCAUGUGUUCUUAUCGGGCUCAACAUAGUCGCCCUAAAGCUGCAAUUCGACGACCCAUUGGAAGCGGCCCAAUUGCAUGGCGGAUGUGGGGCUUGGGGAUUAAUUUUCACGGGCUUGUUUGCAAAAGAGGAGUUCGUUAUCCAAACCUAUGACUCGGGUAAUGUAGGGGUAACGAGGCCCUACGGGCUGUUCUUGGGUGGGGGUUGGGGGUUGAUCGGAGCCCAGGUGGUCGAACUCUUGGCCGUUGUGGGUUGGGUUAGUGUGACCAUGGGUCCAUUGUUUUACAUUCUUCACAAGUUGAGGAUAUUAAGGAUAUCAAGCGAUGAGGAGGUCGCUGGGCUCGAUAUUUCGAGCCAUGGUGGUUACGCCUACAGCGCGCACCCAGAAGAAACGGGUCCACGCAUGUAUGGUGAAUACUUAAGGUUUCAAGAUCAAUCAUGAUUCUUUCAAUCGGCUUACAAGAUUCUGGUAUAUUAUGUGUCGUUUUCAUGUCUAUAAGUGUUGUUUGUCGUUUAUGGUAUAUUCUUUUGUAAAUGUGGGAUAAUUGUUGUCUUGAAUAAAAGAUGGUUCCAAGA